ACAUCUCGCAGUCGAGCAUCUGGAGACCGUGGAAGAAGCGCAUUCGGCAUGUCGACUUUUUUGUGUCUAGCUUAGAUGACUGAGAAGCCCCUUUUAUGUUUACAGUCCAGAAGACAUCUCUUAUAGGGGUUUCUUCACAGCGUGAUUCUCAGAAGUGGGUCGUCUGUGUCUGGAAGUCAUGGCCCUCCUUCCUAUCUACCUGGUGGCGUUUUUCCUGGCCUUGUCAGUCGCAGAGCCCCUCACCACCCCCCACGGCGACAACGAGGUCUUAAAACAUUCAGGGCUAGAAGCCUUCAAAAGUCAGAGUCUACAGAUCGAGAAUGCUAUAGUGAACGUCACUGAAGUCGCGCAGGGAAACACGACAACCGCAACCCCCCUCACGACCACGGCACCCCCAGCACUCACCUCCCCAUGCCCAGGAAGUCUGGUGUUGGUGAGGGGAGAUGCAGGCUGCGUGUGUCCUCUAGGCAUGGUGCAGAUCGGAGACAACUGUACGUGCGCUGUGGGAUUCACCCAGCAGGGGGCAGCAGAGUGUCGUGAUAUUGAUGAGUGUAAAGGGGAUGGACCAGGUCCAUGCGGUCUCCAUGCCAACUGCACAAACACACCUGGUUCUUACCUGUGCAGCUGUCUCCGUGGUUACCUGAUGGGCCCAGAGGGAUGUCAGGAUGUAGACGAGUGUGCGCUGGCUGUGAUAACAGGGCUGCAGGCCUGCGGCCACGAGGCACAGUGUACGAACAGCCCAGGCUCCUUCUCCUGCUCCUGCGCAACUGGAUACGUCAUGGCCUUGAAUGGAAAGAGCUGUGUAGAUGCGGGCGAGUGCAGUUUUGAGGAGCAGUGUAACCUGGGCAACGUGUGUGUGAACACCCCCGGAAGCUUCCGCUGUCAGUGCCAAGCCGGCUUCAGAGCCGAGGCUCCGGCCUGCGUGGGUCAUGUGUGUCCAGACUACACAGUGUGCCAAGACGUGGACGAGUGCAAGGCCAGCCCAGAUGUGUGUGUCGGUAAGGGCGUGUGUGAGAACACCCUCGGGAGUUACAAAUGCGUUUGCCAGCGGGGUUACCGUGGUGACGGCACAUACUGCGAAGAUGAAAACGAGUGCACGUCUGGCCGUCACGGCUGUGACAUCAACGCUCACUGUGGGAACAUCAUUGGUUCUUACUUCUGCCAGUGCUACCAGGGGUUCAACGGGGACGGCCACUCCUGUUACGAUGUGGAUGAGUGUGCGUUGGGGAACGGUCAUUGUGAGCACAACUGUACUAAUGAGCCCGGGGGGUACAGCUGCCUGUGUGACACGGGAUACCAGCUGGCCCAGGAUGGACACAACUGUACAGAUGUUGACGAGUGUGUGACGAGGAACGGGACUUGUGAGCAGCUGUGCGCCAACACUCACGGCUCCUUCCUCUGCUCGUGUCGUCCUGGUUACCAGCUACACAUCGACGGACACAGCUGUGUCGAUAUUGAUGAGUGUAAGCUUCAGAAGGGGGGGUGCUCUCACGACUGCAUAAACACCCCUGGAGGACACACCUGUUACUGCCCCCCCCCUCUCCUGCUGGGCCCAGACAACCUCUCCUGUGUCAAUGUGACAUCAUGUGACCUGAGAAACGGCGGCUGCGACCAUGUGUGUACCGUACGCGCGGAGGGACGCCUCUACUGCAGCUGCAAGGCAGGCUGGGAACUGGCACCUGACCUGAGGAGCUGUCUGGAUGUGGAUGAGUGUGGGGACUUCACCAAUGGUGGCUGUGAGCAGCUGUGUAUGAAUCACCCAGGAGGGUUCAACUGCUCCUGUAGGGAGGGCUAUGAGUCUCGCACCGAUGACCUCACAAAGUGCAAGCCCAUAUGCAAUCCCCUGUGUCAGAACUAUGGCGUGUGCGUAGCCCCAAACACCUGUGACUGUCCGGCGGGUUACCCUGGAGCUGGUUGCUCAGCCAGUUGCUCUCCACCCUGUGCUCACGGGGGCACCUGCAUGCGCUGGAACAUGUGUCAGUGUUCCACCGGCUGGAGUGGAAGGGGCUGCCACACAGCGGUGUGUGAGCAGCCUUGUGCCAACAGGGGCCGCUGUGUUGGUCCAGACACCUGCCAGUGUCCCUCUGAUUACAGCGGUACCCAGUGCCUUUCCCCCCUCUGCACGCCGUCCUGUCAGAAUGGAGGAAGGUGUGUGGAUGUCAACAAAUGUAUAUGUGUGGAAGGUUGGCAAGGAACUCAUUGCCAGAUAGAACCUGCGCUGUGCCACAAAGCUUGUAAGAAUGGUGGUGUUUGUGUGGGCCUCAACAGAUGCCGUUGUCCCAGUGGGUUUUCCGGAAGUUUCUGUGAGACAGCGAUCAUCACGCCGUGUGUGCCCCCUUGCCAACACGGCGCCGCCUGCAGUCCUCACAACACGUGCACAUGCCCUGAGGGCACAGCGGGGCAUCGCUGCGAGAGACUAACAUGUCCUGUGGUCACCAUGACAGUCAGCAUGGCCCGGGCGGUCAGGAAAGGAGUGAGGGAGAGCUAUGUGGACCGCUGUGGACCUCUGGGAGUUCAGCUUUGCACCAAGUACAGGAUCAAUCAGGCUCGUGUGUAUGUCCAAGCCUACAGAGUGGGUUACAAGACCCAGUGUCCAGAGAAGAAAGGCAGAUGAACAGUCUGUAUGGUCUUCACCAGAUCUACGCCAUCUUGUUCUCAAGCUCUGGUGAAACUCCACGGUGUUGGGCUCCAACAGAGACGAUUAUAUAAAACCCCAUCAAGCCAGCCUCUAGCCAGGCUGCAGUGAAUGACAUAAGAGUCUAAUCGCUCCCAUAAGAGACUGCAUCAUUAAGUGUGUUAACCAAGGUUUUUUGUGAGCCAUAAGCCUCAGAGUGAAUUGUUUUGUAACGUGUAUACUAAGUAAAGGCAGCUGAACGUGAAAAAAGGUU